CGAGGUCUAAAUAUGUACACCUCACCACCAUCAAUUAUCAUAUAAAAGGCUUUUCUUUCGAGUAAUAAUCACUAAACAAUAAUAUAAUGAUAUAAUGGUUUAUUUUUAAUACAUGAAUAAUCAAAGUAUUGUAGAUAGAGAAAGAGGUUUAAGGGAGGGGCGGUGAAGGAAGGAUACAGACACAGUGAACCAGUCGAGGAUUCGGACGAGGAAGGAUUGUUGUGUCAGCUGAAAGGCUUGACCACUCUAUACCUUAACAAUUUUGCUCCUACUAAACGAGAAGAUGGAUGAGAAUGCACAGAGUGAGGAGCACCAGUUUGUGGUGGAUGAGGUGAGCACUAUCAUCAAAGAAAGUAUAGAGACUGUGAUUGGUGGUAAUGCCUACACAAGUGCCAAGGUUAACAAUUGGACGUCACAAGUGGUAGAAAAUGUACUAGGAAAUCUGUCCAAACUCAACAAGUCUUUUAAAUACAUAGUAACAUGUGUAAUAAUGCAGAAGAAUGGAGCAGGCCUUCACACAGCUAGCUCUUGCUACUGGGACAACACAACUGACGGUUCUUGUACAGUUCGCUGGGAAAAUAAAACAAUGUAUUGCAUUGUUUCAGUGUUUGGAUUAGCAAUUUAAUAUGACGCAUUUGUGACUUGAAUAUUUGUCCAUUUAAUCCUAAGGACUGAAUUUUACCUAUUUUGUGGGCUCGGAAGUGUUAGCCACAAGGUGACUGGCUUAUGAAAAGCUUCAUGGCAAAUGUUAUGAGUGUAGUGUAUUUAUGCUUAUGCUUUGAACUGAAUUUUUUCCAGGUCAUUAGUCAAAGCUGUACCAACAGUUAUUGAUAAUAUUAUAGAAGUCUAAAUUGUAACUUGCUUUAACUGUUCAUAUUGUGGACUGUAUGUGGUACGCCAGAUACCAUACUUCCACAGACUAAAGUAAAUCGUGCUAAUAAAUUCUUGCAUCCGGACAGUGCCUGCCAUCAUGUUAGUUAAAUUAUGGCAGUUUGUGUUUAUAGAUAGAUAUAGUUUAUAGAAAAAUAUUAAAUUUGACAAUGAAAAGUUUUCAAGGUUCACUUAGUUUCUUUCACAAAAAAUAUCAAGGGAUUAUCUAUAAUCAGCAUAGUCAUUUGGAGAUUUAAUAGAGAUGGGGAAACUAUAGAUUAUGUACUAAUUUUUUUAUUUUUAAGAAAGAUUUUUUUUUUAGGAAAAGAAGUGCUAUUACUCAACCUUCUGCAUGUGUCUUAUUGUUGUGGAUGAUACUAGAGGUCUGUCAAGCUGUCAUUAGAAUCUAUUUAUUUAUAACAGUGUAACUUGCUGGAUUAACUCUUUAUCAUUGUUAGAAAUUAAGUACGUACUGUACUGUGCCACAGGAGUUGCUCAUUACUAAAGUUAUGUAUCUUCUAAACAGUACUGUACUGAACUUUGUAAAGCUUUAAAUUACCAAGCAGGUUUUAUAUCAAUAAAAUGUAACACAACAACUCA